CGGAGGCAGGUGGAGGGCUCAAACGGAGAGAGAGAGAGAAAGAGAGAAACCAAGUGGGAAGGGAAAAACAAGAUGAAGGGAAGAGAGGAAAGGAGAGCUGCCUCUCGUAAACCACACUGACAGAAAACACCGAGAGAGAAAGAGAGGGGCAGCGAGGACGAGGAGGACUGGAGAGACUAGCGAGUCUCACACGGUUUCAAGCAGAGGGAAGGAGACGGAGGAAGAGGAGGAGGAGCGCAACGCUUCAGUCCAGCGCUGCCUGAACCAAACCUAGGAGAGAAGGAGAGGAGCAACAGAGUGGAAGGGGAAGGAAUCCAAUCAAAUAAAAUAGCUGGAAGAGGACAGAGGGAGGAAGUAAUGAAGAGGAUGGAGGAGCGGAGGACGAGCAGAGACACAGAUCCCCGGUUACUCAGGCUCACAUGAGUGUAUGGACCUGAGCCCGCUCCAGAAGUUACUACCACAAGAUGCUGUCAAAGAAACCAGAGUGUGAGGGCGGAGUGAUGGGCGGUGAAACUCAGUAGAUGAGUCUCCGGACCAGGUCUGUGUGUGAGAACAUAUGACGGACCAGCUGUUUUAGGAGGUGAACAGGGUCUAGGUGCACCCAUAGGAGGGCAGUGAGGAAGAAGGACGCACAGAUGGAGAGUUACACGUUUUACAGCUAGCACGUAGACGAGCUUCAGUCCGAACCAUCUCAGGUGCAGUUAAGGGGGCGCGCGUGAAUGAAAGUAGUUCGCUCAAAGUUGCGUUUUGUCUGAAGGCAGCUCCCUACCUCAUCUCGACCCAACAAGUGGAUUCGAAAGACUCACAAAACGGGACUUUUAACUCGUGCGCUGCCGACUGGGGAAGACCCCCUUCCUGAUUUCUCGUGCCCAGUUGAUGCCUCCGAACUCCAGCCAUGGGAGAGUGGACCAUCCUGGAGCGCCUCCUGGAGGCCGCCGUGCAGCAGCACUCUACUAUGAUCGGAAGGAUCCUGCUAACAGUAGUGGUGAUCUUCCGUAUCCUGAUCGUGGCCAUCGUUGGUGAGACCGUUUACGAGGACGAGCAGACCAUGUUCGUCUGCAACACCCUGCAGCCCGGUUGCAACCAGGCCUGCUACGACAAGGCCUUCCCCAUUUCCCACAUCCGCUACUGGGUCUUCCAGAUCAUACUGGUGUGCACACCCAGCCUCUGCUUCAUCACCUACUCCGUCCACCAGUCGGCCAAGCAGAAAGACCGGCGCUACUCCUUCCUCUAUCCCAUCAUGGAGAGGGACUACGGGGGAAGGGACGGGGCACGAAAGAUCCGCAACAUCAAUGGAAUCCUGGUUCAGCACGGCGGCGAUGGCGGCGGAGGGAAGGAAGAACCGGACUGCCUGGAGGUGAAGGAGAUCCCCAACGCCCCACGGGGCCUCACCCAUGGGAAGAGCUCCAAGGUUCGCCGGCAAGAAGGGAUCUCCCGCUUUUACAUCAUUCAGGUGGUGUUCAGGAACGCACUGGAGAUUGGCUUCCUGGCGGGCCAAUACUUCCUUUACGGCUUUAGUGUGCCUGGGAUUGUCGAGUGUGACCGCUACCCAUGUCUGAAGGAGGUGGAGUGCUACGUGUCCCGCCCCACAGAAAAAACGGUCUUCCUGGUGUUCAUGUUCGCGGUGAGUGGCAUCUGCGUAGUGCUCAACCUGGCGGAGCUCAACCAUCUGGGCUGGCGCAAGAUCAAGGCCGCCAUCAGGGGCGUGCAGGCCCGCAGGAAGUCCAUCUGCGAGAUCAGGAAGAAGGAUAUGGCGCAUCUGUCCCAGCCGCCCAACCUGGGACGCACGCAGUCCAGCGAAUCGGCCUACGUCUGAUGACGAGGAGAAGAAAAAAAGGAGGCGGAGUGGGGUGAAUGUGCAAGAGAGACAAUGACUUGAUUAUGAUUUUAAUUUAAUGAAGAUGAUGUGGAGAUGACCCCUCCUCUGCGAUGAGAUGAAUGAAACAGAAUGUAAAAAGACAAAACCUCCGGCUCUUCGGCUUAGAGAGUCAAGAAGGAGGAGGGGAAGAGGAAAAUGAAAAAGCCUAGAGAGGACAAAAAGUUCUGUUCUGCAAAUGAACAUGAUGAACACAUUUUAGUCCCAUGGGGAGAGACACUCCAACUGCCAUUUUAUACUUUUCUUUUUUUUGUAAACUAAUUACCUUCUCGUCUGCCCCUCAUUUCUUUCAAAGCGGGGAAUUAAAUCCUCAAGGGGCUGGAGAGGGAUUGAGAGGAUGAGAAGAUGAGACGACGGGAGAGGAGAACGGAUGAGAGGCUGUUUUGUAUUCUUUGGGGAUAUUGGGAGAUGACGGCAGCGUUUGAUGCAUCCCAUGGUGCUUUUCUUCUGGACUGUGUCAGCCUCAGUGAAAAAGGGAGGACUAGUUAUAGGGGAUGGGACAAGGAGGAUGAGUAACAACAUUAUUAAAAGAGGAAGGGAAGAACUGUCAAAGCCUCGUCGGACGCUCGAGAACGAAGGAGAGUUUAUGAGAGAGAGAGAGAGAGAGAGAAGUUGUGAAAACAUGUGAUGUACCCAAAGAGGGAGAGAAGAGAGUUCUUAUUUCGCUUCCUUUCCUCGCCGGAGACUCGUGGUAGAAAGAGCUGCUCCUGAUCAGUGUCAGCCUCGCCUCUGCUGGAACAUCGUCACGAGCCAAAACCAAGAGAAAGGACUGACGAUGUUUAUGUUUUGUCUCUUGGCAAAAGAUGAUUUUAACACAAACACAGCGAGUACCAUAAACACUUUUUUUGUCUUCUCUCCUCUCUCUGCUCCGCGGUUGGCAGCUAUAUAGACCCCUGCCGCUUUUGACGACAGUAAUGACUCUCGCUGCUCUACUUCUGCGUAAACUUUGGAGAGGAACUAAUGAACAAAUUGACAAGCAGCGUGUAAAAGUCUCUCCUGAAGCACAAAUCAAACUUCCCUCCUCUCCGGCAUUCCAGUGUGCUGAGAGGCAAAGGAGUGACAGAAAGAGAGGAGAGAAGGGGAAGAAGGAGCUCGUAGAGGAGAGGAACACAUCACUUUAUUACAACUUUAAACAAAUUUUAUAAAAAUAUAUCACCAUGAGUUAUUGGUUGUUUUUUUUCAGAGAAAGCGAUGGUGCCAUUCUUGAGAUAUUUAAUUAUUGUUGAAAAGUUACAUAGAGUAUAUCAUGGUAAUAUUAUUUAUCCAUUUAGAAUAUAUCCAAAUAGAUUUAUUUAUCUUUGCGUGCGGGUUGGUUGGAACAUCAUGUUGAUGUUUUUUUUCCAAAUGUAUAAACUGUCUGUCUUUUUUUCCAUUUUUGUUUAGUUUAAAGCAUUCCUCAGCGAUGGAACUGAUUAACGGCAUGUG